AAACACACACACUCGUUCACUUGAGAAUAGGGAUGUGGGGAAACAAAUUGGGAGCGUGAGGAGUAAAAGCAGAGAAAAGACACAGACAAUAGUCUCCGCCAGUAAGGAGGCUGAGACUAACAGAGCCACUACACUCACUAUCUUCGCCUUUGAACUUAGAGAGCUUCUUUGAUGGAACAGUACGAGAAGGUUGAGAAGAUAGGUGAAGGAACCUACGGCGUCGUUUACAAGGCUCGUGACCGUGUCACCAACGAGACCAUCGCGUUGAAGAAGAUUCGCCUGGAGCAGGAAGAUGAGGGGGUUCCUAGCACCGCCAUUAGAGAAAUUUCACUCUUGAAAGAAAUGCAGCAUAGGAACAUUGUUAGGUUGCAGGAUGUAGUGCACAGUGAGAAGCGAUUGUAUCUGGUUUUUGAGUACCUUGACUUAGAUCUGAAGAAGCACAUGGAUUCAUCUCCAGAAUUUGCAAAAGAUCUGCGACAAGUAAAAAUGUUCCUUUAUCAAAUUCUCUGUGGCAUUGCUUACUGUCAUUCACAUAGAGUUCUUCAUCGAGACUUGAAACCACAAAAUUUGUUGAUAGACCGCAGCACUAAUGCACUGAAGCUUGCAGAUUUUGGAUUGGCUAGGGCAUUUGGAAUUCCUGUCAGGACCUUUACACAUGAGGUGGUGACACUGUGGUACAGAGCUCCGGAAAUAUUGCUUGGAUCCCGUCAUUACUCUACCCCAGUUGAUAUUUGGUCAGUGGGAUGCAUAUUUGCAGAGAUGGUAAACCAACUACCACUUUUCCCUGGGGACUCUGAGAUUGAUGAAUUGUUUAAAAUAUUCAGAAUCUUGGGUACGCCAAACGAAGAUACAUGGCCUGGAGUGACUUCAUUGCCUGAUUUUAAAUCAGCCUUUCCCAAGUGGCCACCUAAGGACCUGGCAACUGUGGUCCCAAAUCUUGAGCCAGCUGGUCUUGAUCUUCUUUCUAGUAUGCUUUGCUUGGAUCCCAGCAGAAGAAUUACUGCCAGGAACGCUCUUGAACACGAAUACUUCAAAGACAUUAAACUUGUUCCCUGAUUUCUUAUCUUCACGGCAGAGGUGUUCAUAUUUGUAUGUGUAGCAUUUAUGGGUUUUAACUCUCCGGGAAAUGUGUGCUAUCCUUUCUAUUUUCGUCAAUGCUUUGGGGCCGAGUCGUAUUUUCUUUAGUUGUUCUCACAGAUUUAUUUUAGCUUCAGCUUGAGUGUGAUUAUAUUGCCUGUUAUCCUUUUUAUGUCUCACUCUCAAUAUGAUGCGACCGGCAAAUUUUUAGUUUGCUUGAUGUGUGAUAGAGACUGCUGAAUGCUUGCUUGUAGAACAAUUCGGUUUUUAUACUGGUAUGGGGCAUGUAAAUUUGAC